AUGCCGGCCGGCUCUACCCCCAACGGUCGCUCCAAUCGAGCCGGGGCGGCCAAGAAUGCUCCCACAACGCUACUCGUGACUCUUAAGCUGGCUCCCAAGGCCUUGCGACAGUUCUUGGACGAAGUUCCCGAAUCCCCCGAGACCAAGACCCCCGAACCUACAUCCAAUCCCGACAAGCCCACGGAGCAGUCCUCACCGGCCUCCUCGACCGAAGCCCCAGCCGCUCGUCCAUCCUCGGCGGACGCAGAAUCAAAUGCCGACGCGAACUCAACACCCGCCACGGGGGCGACCCCGGGCGACACGCCGCGACGGAAGGGAAUCCCGGGUCCUAAGCCUGGUACUAAACGCGCCAACGGGCAGAUGGAGCCCGUCGCGCGAGUACGCGGUCGACCCGGUCCGAAGAAGAAAGCUCGUCUUGACGAAGGCGGCGAACCUGGCAAGGUGUCUGUUGCACCUCGACUGGGACCCAAGGCCAACACCGGCGCUAUCAAUGCACACCUCCGCGCUCUAGAUCGCAGCGGCGCCCCAUGCCGCAAGUGGGAACGCCAACCUCUCAAGCUGCGCAGCUUUACUGGUGUCAUGUGGCAGCUACCCGCCUGGGGCAGCUACAAGAUCGCUAAGCUCGAGUCCGACGGGGACAAAGUGGCUGCCGGUCUGGAGAACGGGGACAGUGACACCAAGAUGCUGAAUGCCCCUGGUACCGACACCGUUAAUGGCAGUAGUGCUGUCUCGAGUGAAAAGAGUACUGGUGAUGGGGAAGUCACACCUGCACCAUCGAACCUGGUUGAGCCCUCGUCGCCGGCUAUUGCCUCGGCUGCUUGA